AUCUGGAGAUGUGCUUGCGUCCUUGCGUUCAAACUUCAUCCCUUUGGUGGCCAGAGUUUUAGUGCAAUAUUUGCCUGCCUACAAAGUUUUCAAGAAAAUUGUAAUUCACCACAUCCCCCACGAAAAUUCUGAAAAGAUGGCUCAAAAGUCAGACGAGGUAUGUUAAUAAUAUUUAUUACAUUGAGUACUAUUUGAGUAGCCUAAUUUACAUGCUCUUGCCCUUAAAAUGUACACAUACUCCAUGUAAAAUUAUUUUAAUAGCCACGAUAUGAUAGACUUUAUUUUUGAAAAAAAGCUUUAUAACUCUGGUCCAUUUGAUGCUGAACACUUAUUAUGGUAUCAAAACAGCAUUUUGGUACAUGAAAGGUCAAUGAUUACACUAUUUGUCUAUGGGAAUCCCUAUACCCAUGUCUCCUGUGUCCACCAUUUUACAUGAAUUAGAAUGGUUUUAUUAAACCUAUGUGUUCCAAAAUAAUAUCUAACAAUAAUGUUGUUAAAGCUAUAUAGCUGAAAGUAAACAAAAUAAUAUGCAAUGGAACUAAAAUAAAUAUUUCAAUGGACAUGCAAAAUCACUCUAACUUUUUUUUACAUUCUCUAGUGUUACUUAGGUCUUGAAUUCCUGAACCCUAACAAGUCUGUUGAUAUGGCUCAACUCCUGACAACUUUCCAUGACAAGUAUGUGCCAGCUACUGAGGUCAAUGAUACCAAAGAAGUCCUCCAUAAGAUUCCGCUGGAUGGAGAUCAGCUUACGGAAGAGCGUGCAAGGAAUGUGCAGUGGACUUACAGACUUGGGGCAACUUCAUUUGAUCGUCUUGAUGGUUUGGAGACAAAUCAUGCUGAUUGGCACUGGAAAGUUAAGCUUUUCGAGGUAGACACAAGUCUUUUUAUAUCAAUUAAAACCCUUUACUUUAUACUUGCAAGUAUUUUGUAGCAAUCUCUGUUAUUAACAGUGCCAUGUACAGUGUAUUAAGGGCGUGUAAAGUGAAAUUGCAUACGCAUUCCCAAUAGCCUCACCUACUUGUACAUCAGCAUGUGAACCAACACUGAACAAUAUAUCCUGUUCUCCUUUCCUAGUAGGUUAUUCAGUACUUACAUGCAUUAUAGAUAUGGUCAUUAACGAACCUCUGUGAAGUUGUAAUUACAGUUAUAAUCCAAACAUCAAUCUUGAUUAGGUGGGAGAAAAAAUGAAAUAGUUAACUGCAGUUACUGUAGUUGUAAAUCUCCUAACAUUUUUACUGUUUGGAAUUCACGAAGGCUUGGACCAAGUUUCACCACAGUAGUUGCUAAAUUUCAAGGAUCAAAAAUCUGAUCUAGUGAUGCUGGGAGUGUUUUUUAGUUUGAUUGAUGAACAUAUUUUUGCCAUCAAAAUCUGAUAUUAAUUCCUCCACAACCAGUCACUACAGUCCAACUUGUCGUCCUUGGGGAAUAUUAGUGUAUGUCAGCAUAAAACAGGCUGUCCACAUAAUAGUGUUGUCAGUCUUUACUAUUUCUUAAACAGAUUGCAGAAGAGAUGUUUAUAAAGGCUGAAUCAAGUGGUGACAUUGGAACAUCAAUAGCAUCAAUGAACCGAACAGGAAAGAUCACAGCAAAGAAAGGACCAUAUGAUCAGUACAAUGCAUUCAAAGAAUUCUUUGAUAGGGAGACUGAGGCCCAUAUAAUCACUGCAUGGCUGGCAUUUGUAGGUUUAGAGAAAAUGGAUGGUAAGAAGAAAAUGUAAUCGCAUGAAUUUAAUAAUUUGGGUUUGUGUGACUAAGUAAAAUGUUAAAUGUAUGCCUGAGUUUAUGUUAUUACUGUGAAUUUUUCUCUAUUAGUCUCCGGGGGCUUCUUAAUUUUAACUCUCACAAAUAAAGAGAAGAGGGGAGAGGGCUUAUUAAAUUUCUGCAAGUCACAGUCUGUUUACACCAUACAUAAAAUACACUACUUUUCUUACUUUUCAUGCAGUAAUUGCAAUCAAAGGACCAGUAAUAACCAGUUUCAAAGUAAUUGAAAUAACUAGCGCUUUUUUAUAACCUAACAGAAAAAACAUAUUUAAUCUAGGGGGGAUUGAGCUGAGUAGAGGCAUUAUGCCUGCUCAAACUGUCUGAGACAAAGUAAGCCUGUUAUAUAGUCAAACCCCUCUAAAGGACAGCUACCGUAGCCAGACACCCCUCCUAAGCAGACACUCAAAUCGUAUUGGUCCAAACCUCACAUAAAGCCUGGAUUAUAUUCUAACCAACCCCCCCCCCCCCAACCCAUUAUGGACAGUUCUCCUAAGGCAACAGUUUGUCUUCUUUUUUUUAGGUGUACCCUGCAAGAGGAAAAUUCCAGAAUCUGCUAAAAAAUGGACAGAGGUGCAAAAAAGAACUUGGUUGCAUGAGGAGAUUGCAGCCUUUCUGGACCUAUUCCUGUUUGCUGAAAACACACAAACCAUAUCUGAGCUACAUGAAGGAAUGUCCUACAUGGAACAUGGGAGGCUGCAUGGGUACAGAUGCCGUGUAGAUGGAUGCAACGAAGUCUUCAUGUUACAUCCCAUGAGAGUCAAGUACGGCAACUUGGUUUAUACCAAUAAAUAAUUUAUUAAUAUUCUUUUGUUAUUAAACUUUCCUCCAUCCCAUGCAAGGUAGUAGUAUUAUUUCUUCACUGUGUAUUCCAGAUUUUGAUGACUGGAUGCAGGGUUACAUGUCAAAAAAAUAUGAUUCUAGUUUCAAAAAGUUGUGAUUUGGCAAUAAUAUUGAUCUGCUGGAUUCCCUAUUAGCUGAGAUCAGUUAAAGAUUUGGUAAUAUCUCGGAUCAUUUCAUGUUGUCUUACGUAAUAUGACAAAUAACUAGGGGUUUGCAAUAGAAUUGGUCUACUAUUAUUUUUUGUAGGCAUGAAUGUUCCCAGCACUCCUUCAUUUCACCUGACCUGUUAACAAAUGAUGACAGAGAUAAUGAAGGGUACUACAAAUGCAGAGAUGCCAACUGUUUUCUCCUUUACAAGACCAAAGCUAGUAGAAACAGGCAAGUUAUGUACUGGAAACAUAUCAACUAGUUUCUUGUGUUUAUGGGUGUUUAAGUCAUUUGCAGCAGAUACAUGGCUACUCAGCCUGGCAUUAUUAAAUAAUGCCAGGCUGAGUAAAUUUUACUUGUAUUUUUAGGAAGCAUCCAGGUUUUGUUAUAAAAUGAUCAUUGGCACUGUUGCAUUGCAGUUAUGAACACAGUAUCAGAUUAAAUGCUCUUCAGAUUACAGACACUAACUUGUUCAAAAAAAAUUACUUUGUUUGAGAAAACAUUUCAUAUGGAAGCAAACAAAUCCAUUAAUUUUUCUGGGUAUUUUUAUUUGUAUAGACAUGAACGGAAAACCCACGACAACAUCCCAGACCAGUCAUCCAGUGUCAGUGGGGAACCCCAAGAGCAAGUAGUAGAGGACUAUAAGUACAACUACCAUGUAGCUCGUCUGUUUUAUGGUCUUCUGAUGGUGAACACUCACGACUCGAUUAGAGAGGGAGAUGCAGCACGACUGAUGGAUUGCAUGAAAAUGUCACUUUUGUUUUUCAAGAAAUUCAAGAAACACAAAUACGCUUACACAGUGCUGUUGUUUCUUUGUAAAGUAUUUGCAAUUUUGUCUGAAAGGGAAGCUUUCCAUCUUCGCUGGAAUCGCUUUUUUAACGGAAAAGGGGGAAAGGGCAAAAACAUCCCACUUGAUUUAAAGAUGGAAUUUUAUAACCACAUGCUGAAAUCAUGCCUGAGAAUGCUUGGAGGAAAUAUCAAUGCCAAGAGUGCCCAAAGAGUUGCUAGAUGUCUGACAAUGAUGCAGAAAGUACUAGAUUCAGUCGACUGUGAUGUUAGGCUAGUUAACAAAAGUGGGGCCCACAAGUUGGUUGAAGCUCAGCAAGCAGUAUCCCAAAUUGUAAAUGAUCUUGUUGAAGGAAAUGUAUUUAGCUUUCAGCAAGGUAGAGAAGGAUAUACUGCUUUUCCAAAUUUUGAAAGGGAUAUCCUGAAGGGUCUUGAUUGUAGAGACUUCUUUUCAUGGUCACGAGAUCUUAUCAAAACAUGGUAUGCUAUGUACGAGUAA